ACUGCGCGGUGCAUGCUGGGAGAGGGGCAACAUUGGGGGCGCGCAGCCGCAGGAAAAUGUUUGCGCGUUCAAGACAGGAAAAAAAAAAAGUGGCGCAGCGGAGUCUGCGCAGUUCGGCUGUUCUCGUCAGUCCGAAGUUUCGGGAGACGCGCAGAGGAAGGAGGGAGCGAGCAGCGCCAUUUUCCUGGCAGACAGGCGUCGUCAGUCCAGAUCGGGACCAGGCGCUCCUUCAGGGCGGGGACAUCAGACUCUGUACCAGUCGUACCAGAGGGGAACAUCAGAAGAAGAUUUAGAGGAGCGGACGAGGGGGAGGUGGAGCCAUGUCGGCCUCAUGGCGUGAUGACGAUGAAGAGUUUAAGGCGGGAGGAGCAAAAGGAGGGUUGAGAGCCAAACCGAGGUUCUCCUUCAACGAGGUGAAAGUGCUGCUGGAGGCAGUGAAGAGGAACAGAUACAUCAUCCUCAGGAAGUUUAACCAGGGCGUGUCAGCUGAGACCAAGAAACAGACGUGGGCUGAAAUCACGAAUCAGAUCAACGGCCUGGGAGAGAAUCACCGAGAGGUGCGUCAGAUCAUGAAGAAAUGGGCGGACCUCAAAUGUGACGGGAAGAGACGUAUCGCCACCCUCAGGGGCCCCAAUGGCAGCAACCUGAGGAAGAAGAACCUGGGCCCCGUGGAGAAGAUGGUCCAUAAGAUACUGAUGAUGAGUCCUAGUGGAGACGGUGACAGUGACCAGGAACCUGACGAGGAUGAUGAAUUGUCAAAGCUUUACACUAAAGGUCUGACGCCCAACUCUGCCAAUUACUCCUACCUCGGUUUGACGGACAGCUCCCACUCGUUACCUGGAGGAGCCUCCUACGACCUGUCUCCUCUCUCCUCGCCGGAGAAAGAACUGGGCGGAGAUCCUUUUCAUUCCUCCUCCGACUUCGACUUGGAGCUGGGAGACGAUGGAGAACGAACCAUGGACUUUGAUGAAAAUGACGACUCCCUGUUCUCCUCCGCUCCCGCCUCUCUCCCCCCGCCCCCCGCCGCCUCUCUGGACCCCCUGCCUGACAACGCACUGCUGAGGGUCAAGCCCGUCCACACCUACUCCCGAAACAGCCAGAACCACAUCCAGAACCACAACUACUCCAGACCGAUGCCUGGACCCUCUUCUUCCACAGCCUCCACCUCCUCGGGUUUCCCUUCAGUGUCUGAUUCAAACGCCAAAGCCGCCGCGUCCACUGCUGCGCCUCCUUUGUCCCAGUCCCCUACAAGCUCCAAUGUGACUGCCUCCUCCCUCCCUGCGCCCCCUCCUACUUCCUCCGCCAAUGAUUCUACCUCUGACCUUGCAUCCUCCUCAUCCUCCAUCCCACCACCUCCUCCCGCUUCCUCAGCUGCCUCUGGUGCUUCUUCAACAGCUGCUCCCCCCUCGUCUGUCCUCCCCACCUCAGCAUCGAACCCGUCCGACCCUCUGCCGGCUGGAGCGUCCUCUCGCAGGUCCCAGGACAACGUGGGCCAGAUGGCCUCUCAGAGCCUGCAGCAGCAGCGGGCCAGCAGGAUGCUGCUGACCUCCAUGUCUCAGUCUCUGGAGAUGUUGGCUCAGUCCGUCCAGCUGCUGGUGGAGAGUCAGCAGGAGUUUGUGCAGGAGUCUCUGCUGCUGCAGAGAGAGACGGUGGACGUCCUGAGGGAUUUCUCCAACACUGCGUUGACGAUGCUCAGGGACAAAGGCAGCAUCGGACAUCAGGCGCAGCAUCAUCACCCCCCCACUCACUUCUGAAAAAUGGAGAGGAACAAACUAUGACGUUUUCAAGAGACAACACGAGAAGAGACGGAGACAAGUGCUGAACAUUGUUCUUCUGUGUCUGCUGUUGUGACGAGCAGCAGCUGAAACCACCGAGCGGUCGAGUGGUUCGUGCUGAAAUGUGGAGACGCAAACACAACUAACAUCACAUGAAUGGCUGUGAAACGACACAUCAUCAAGACAUUAUUAUUAUUGUUUGUCUUUAAUUAGGGAGCGCUCCUGUGUUUUAUGUGAAUACGGUUUUUGACUGAACGUGUCUGAUUGUCUGGUGAAUUCGUUAAUUCACUCCACAAGCUACAAUGAGCAAACAGGUGAUGACUCAACGACCAACAUGUGUCAGGGUCCAGUUUUAUUGUGCAAUGAGAAGUGACUUCAGUAUUUAGAUCUUCACAGAGCACUGAUAUCAAAAAGACGUCAACUCUAUAAAGUUAAACGCUGGAAACAGUAAAAAGGUGAAACGACGCCGAGAUGAAGUGAGAUAAAUCCACCAGCCUCUGCUCGUGUGAUGGAUGAAUUAAGUCUUCGAUGGGAUAUUUUAUAUGUCAGCUUGAUGCAGUGGGUUUUUUCUUCCAGCUGAGACACCGCUCUCUCUCCGACAUUAUUUCUACACAAAUAAAACAUUACAUUCUAACAGAAAACCAAUCUUUCAUUCAGAGUUCCUGAGCUUAACGACGUCGUUUGGUAGAAAUGAGUUUUUGUUGAUGAGCGAUCAGGGAACUCUUCAGUCAAAGUGGUCAGAGAUUUUUAAAUAUAUUUUAUUCUUUUCCUGCUGAUGAGCAGUAAACGUCUAUUAUGCAGCGAAUAGAAGGAGGAACACCAUCUGUACAUAUUAUCACUAUCAAAAGCUAUGAACCAGGUGUGGUUAACACCCUGCAGCAGGACUGACGCCCCGCACCGAGGAACGAGGUGGAAACAACUUUUUAAACACUGGUCUGUGAUGUCAGGUGGAUUUUAUAACUUUAAUUUAGAAUAAGAUGGAACCACUUCCUGCAGGAAACUGUCCGACCUCUUCCCCUCGACAGGCGUCAAACUUCUGAUUAAUGAGCGUCGACCAACAAACAAGUGUAACGUCUAAGAAUGUGUUUUAAUGAAGUUCUGCUGCAUCAUCACGGAGACGAUGUGCUGCUGUUUGUGUUGAGUCUGCAGUCGUCUCUCAGCCGAACUGUAACACGAGGCUGUUUCUACAAACACAUCCUGACAGUAAAGAUUUUAUUAAAUAAAGACAAGUCUGUUGAGAGUA